AGUCAGAAAACUAGUCCAAAUGCCGUUCAGGAGUGCAGCAGUGAGGCUGCGUGAUGGACGCAUGACGCAGCGCGUCUAUUGGCUGUUUAAACUCCAGCGCGUCCGAUUGGCCUGAGACGAACUUUAGGAGUGAUGGAGCAGGACGUGAGAAUUUAAUUAAGUCUGAACAGGUCGAGAAUAUACUACGUGAACUGACCCAGGGCCGCUGCAUGGGUGCUUUCACUUGCAUUGCCUAUCCACUGAACCCGUGAAUGAGCACUUUUUACGCCUGGGUUUAUUUACUGGCACGGGAAGCAUGCACCUUGCGCUUCUGCUGACUCUGGGCUUCGGGUUCGCGUUUGCGUGUCAGUUGCCCAGCGAGUGGAGACCACUGAGCGAGAGCUGUCGAGCUGAACUCGCCGAGAUCAUCGUGUACGCCAAGGUGCUGGCCAUCCACGAGGAGCCGUACGCGUCAAGUCUUUACAAUUACCUGCCGUACCAGAAGCACGAGCGCGCGGAGGACGCGCUGCUGUACGCGGCGGAGGUGGAGCUGCUGUGCGACCAGGCGUGGGGCAGCAUGCUGGAGGUGCCCGCGGGCUCGCGCCUCAACCUCACGGGACUCGGGUACUUCAGCUGUCAGUCACACACGGUGAUGGAAAACAACUCCUACAUUUUCUUUCUCAGGAUGGAUGAAAACUACAACAUCCUCCCUCAUGGAGUUAACUUCCAGGAUGCCAUAUUCCCUGACACGCUGGAGAACAGACGACUGUUUUCCAGCCUCUUCCAGUUCUCAAACUGCUCUGGUAGACAGACAAAACUCAACUUUAAUAGUGAUUGGGAGAGCCAGGAAGACAGCAGGCUGCUGUGUUCCUCCGUGCAGAAGGUGUUGUUUGAGGAGGAGGAGCGGGUGGGACAGCUUGAGGAGCGCGUGGCCGAGCUGGAGAGGAGGAACGACCGGUUAAAAGAGCGAGUGGGGAAACUGAGGCAUUCUCUGAGGAAGGCCCGAAAAGUGUCCCGCCGUGCUGAACGGGAGUACCAGGAGCUGCAAGAGCGCCUGAAGACAGCAGAGAGACACAUUUACUGUAUCUGCUCCAUACCUGAUCGCGUGCACAACAUGAGCUCUCCUAAGAAAGCGACCACUGAACCUCGUGUCAUCAAAGAGGAGCUGAUAGUGAGUGGAAACUGGGUGAAGCUGGAGAAGACCACAUAUGUGGAUCCCUCUGGAAGCACCAGAACAUGGGAAACAGCUAAGAGGACAACCCGAGUCGCAGACAGCGCUGCCGAUGGUGUCUCAAUCAUAGCCCUCCUGAAGAGGACUCUGCAUAAAGACUGUGUCGUAAUGGUGAAGCAGUUUCGUCCACCCAUGGGAUGCAACACACUGGAGUUUCCUGCAGGUCUGAUAGAUGACAAUGAGAGUGUUGAAACUGCUGCUUUGAGGGAACUAAAGGAGGAAACGGGUUACAAAGGAGAAGUAGUGGGCAUCACCCCAGUCACGUGUUUAGACCCGGGCUUGUCUAACUGCACCACACAGAUGGUGAUUGUGCAUAUCAAUGGAGAUGACAAUGAAAAUAUAAACCCCAGUCAGCAGCUGGGUGAUGGAGAAUUUGUGGAGGUUAUUCAUCUACCUCUGGAUCAAUUUCAGCAAAAAAUUGAUGAGCUGCUGCAGAAAGAGAAAAUAGUGGUGGACUCCAAGGUCUAUAUUUAUGCCAUGGGAAUGUCACAGGCCUUCUUUAAACCCAGAGAGUUGCCUCUGAUGAAGCAGUGAGAUGCACAAAUCUCUCACCUGUAGAACACUAAAGACAGACAAAGUUUUUUGUGCUGUCACACACUGUUGUGUAUGGAAGCCUGUUUCUGCAAUGGGAUAAAAAAUAAAUAAAUAAAUAAAUAAAUAAUAAUAAAAGAGUAACUGAGACUUUUUAACCACAACUUACUUAUAUACUUUAUAUAUAUAUAUAUAUAUAUAUAUAUAUAUAUAUAUAUAUAUAGAUAGAUAGAUAGAUAGAUAGAUGGAUAGAUUAUUAAUUGAGAGAGAAUUCUGAAAUAUAAAUUCAUAAUUCUUUUGAGAUAUAAACUUAAAAUUCAGACUUUUUUUGUAAAUUGAUUUUACAUCAUUUACAUUAUUCUGUUUUUUGUUUGUUAGUUUCUGUAAUGGUGUAAAAAGAAGGAAUUGCAAGUUUAUAUCUCACUAUUCUCUCAGUUGUGAGAAAAAAAUAUUGUGAUAUAUAAUCUCUCACAAUUACUGUUUUUAUUAUAAUUUUUUUAUUCCGUGGAUUCGAAAACAUAGCUGUGAUUAAAUCAACCAGUACUUGACCUUGACCUUAGUGUUUUGUUACAGUUGCCUGAACAUUCCUAUUAAACUAACAUUACUUGAUUAACAGGUAUUCACCAUUUGCAGCAUUUGAAUUUUGCGUUUUAGAAUUAAAAAAUAUAGGAUUUGACCAAAUUGAACUAAAAGUUUUGGAAACUAAAAAUGUAUCUUUUUUUCUCUUCUCUGUGAAUAUUCCUGUUGCUGUUGACCUAAUAAAUUAUAUUUAAAGGUCAUACAUUAAGUGUCACAGAAAGACUCCUUAUUAAGAAAGAAUGUGUUCUAAAAUGUGUUCUAAAAUGUUCUAAAACAUUGCAGUUUGUGCUGGAAUAUGCAAAUUCAAUGCUGUUCACCUAAAUAACUUAUCAUUUUUGUCUAAUAAAUUUGACAAGUUACA